AUGGAGCUCGCGUAUGGCGACUCUAUGCUCUACCUGCGGCCUGUCGGUCUGAAUCGUAUCCGAGGCAUCCACCUGAAGCGGAAGUCAGAAGCGAUGCAACACUCCUUCACCGGGAUACGAGGAUUGGUCAGUGUAGAGGCAGUCGCGGCUGUGCAGACUCUUCAACAGAAGCGCUUCAGCACACGCGACUAA